CCCGCGGCUGCGGCCGCCAGCGCCCUGACGGCCACGGCAUGCGUAUUCCCGUAGACCCGAGCACCAGCCGCCGCUUCACUCCCCCCUCCACGGCCUUCCCCUGCGGCGGCGGCAAGAUGGGCGAAAACAGCGGCACGCUCAGCGCGCAAGCGGCCGCGGGCCCUGGCGGCCGCACCCGGCCCGAGGUGCGCUCGAUGGUGGACGUGCUGGCGGACCACGCGGGAGAGCUCGUGCGCACCGACAGCCCCAACUUCCUCUGCUCUGUGCUGCCCUCGCACUGGCGCUGCAACAAGACGCUGCCGGUCGCCUUCAAGGUGGUGGCACUGGGGGACGUGCCCGACGGAACCGUGGUGACCGUAAUGGCGGGCAAUGAUGAAAACUACUCCGCUGAGCUGCGCAACGCUUCCGCUGUCAUGAAGAACCAAGUGGCCAGGUUCAACGACCUGCGAUUCGUGGGCCGCAGUGGGCGAGGGAAGAGCUUCACGCUUACGAUUACCGUGUUCACCAACCCAACCCAAGUGGCCACCUACCACCGAGCCAUCAAGGUCACCGUGGACGGACCUCGGGAACCCCGACGGCACCGGCAGAAGAUUGAAGACCAGACCAAGGCCUUCCCCGACCGCUUCGGAGACCUGCGCGUGCGUGUAACACCGAGCACGCCCAGCCCCCGUGGUUCUCUCAGCACCACAAGCCAUUUCAGCAGCCAGGCCCAGACCCCAAUUCAAGGCUCCUCAGACCUGAACCCCUUCUCGGAUCCCCGCCAGUUUGACCGCUCCUUCCCUACGCUGCAGAGCCUCACGGAGAGCCGCUUCCCGGACCCCAGGAUGCACUACCCGGGCGCCAUGUCUGCUGCCUUCCCAUACAGCGCCACACCAUCAGGCACCAGCCUGGGCAGCCUGAGCGUAGCGGGCAUGCCGGCCAGCAGCCGCUUCCACCACACCUACCUCCCGCCGCCCUACCCCGGGGCCCCGCAGAGCCAGAGCGGGCCCUUCCAGGCCAACCCCGCGCCCUACCACCUCUUCUAUGGCGCCUCCUCCGGCUCCUACCAGUUCUCUAUGGCAGCUGCGGGCGGUGGCGAGCGCUCGCCCACCCGCAUGCUGACCUCCUGCCCCAGCGGCGCUUCGGUGUCUGCGGGCAACCUCAUGAACCCCAGCCUGGGUCAGGCUGAUGGCGUGGAAGCCGACGGCAGCCACAGCAACUCGCCCACGGCCCUGAGCACACCGGGCCGCAUGGACGAGGCCGUGUGGCGGCCCUACUGAGCAUCCCGGGGACUUGUGGGCCACCCGGACCUGACCAGUCCCUCCAGCCCAAGGCUAGGGCUACAGGAAGAAACAGACUUUGGCCUGGUCCCAGGGGCCAGAGCUGGUGAUGGCUCC